UCGUAAAAUACGGCAGGGGGCAGUGUGCACGUUCAACACGCAACUCGCCAAAACACCACCGAAGAAGAAAAACGGACGCGGAGAAGUGUUUGGCGCCGAUUUUUAAGUUUUGAGUGAGCACACGCGAGGAGACGAGUUCUCCAAACACCAGUAAAGAAGUCGUUUUCCCCCAGCUUCCUGUCUAACUUUCCGGUUUGUUUUUCCUUUGCUUUGGAAGGACUCGGCUCGAAAUGUACAUAAAGUCUAUCGUUUUAGAGGGCUUUAAGUCCUACGCGGAGAGGACGGAAAUUAGCGGCUUUGACCCCCUUUUUAACGCCAUCACCGGCCUCAACGGCAGCGGAAAGUCCAACAUCCUCGACUCGAUCUGCUUCCUCCUCGGCAUUUCCAAUUUAUCACAGGUAAGAGCAUCAAAUCUCCAAGAUUUAGUAUACAAAAAUGGACUCGCCGGCAUCACUAAAGCCACAGUGUCCAUCACUUUCGACAACUCGAACAAGAAACAGAGCCCACUCGGGUUUGAGACCCACGACGAGAUCACCAUCACUAGACAGGUUGUUAUAGGCGGGCGGAAUAAGUAUCUCAUCAACGGCGUGAACGCAAACAACAUGCGUGUCCAGGAUCUCUUCUGCUCCGUCGGGCUGAACGUCAACAAUCCACAUUUUCUUAUAAUGCAGGGAAGAAUCACCAAAGUCUUGAAUAUGAAACCCCCUGAGAUUCUGGCCAUGAUCGAAGAGGCCGCCGGUACCAGGAUGUACGAGUGCAAGAAGAUCAGCGCUCAGAAAACCAUCGAGAAGAAAGAUGCCAAACUGAAAGAGAUUCAAACGAUCCUGCACGAGGAGAUCACCCCUGCCAUGGAGAAACUUAAAGAGGAGCGCGCUUCCUACCUGGAGUACCAGAAGCUGAUGCGGGAGAUCGAGCACCUGAGCCGGCUCUACGUGGCGUGGCAGUUCGUGUGCGCCGAGGAGACCAAGCUGAAGUCGGCCGAGGACCUACAACUGAUGCAGAGCUCCAUCGGCGAGCUCCAGAGCAGCAUGCAGAAGAACGCAGAGCGCAUCCGCGGGCUCGGCGAAGACAUCAAAGUGCUGGAGAAGAGCAGGGACAAGGAGGUGGCAGGCAUUCUGAAGGCUCUAGAGGAGACUCUUGCUGAGGCACAGCGAGUGGACACAAAAGCUCAGAGUGCUCUUGAUCUGAAGAAGCAAAACCUUAACGAUGAGACGAAGAAGAGGAAAGAACUUGUUAAAAACAUGGAGGAGGACAAGAAGGUGUUGUCAGCGAAAGAAGGCGAGGUGGCGAAGGCGACGGAGCGGCUGAGAGCCGUGCAGGAGGAGGGGCGGAAGGACGCAGAGGAACUGGAGGCGGCCCAACAGCACUUCAAGGCCGUGUCCGCCGGCCUCUCGGCCAACGAGGAUGGCGAGGCGGCUACGCUGGCGGGUCAGAUGAUGACCUGCAAGAACGAUGCGAGUAAAGCCGAGACGGAGGCCAAGCAGGCUCAAAUGAAGCUAAAGCACGCUCAACAAGAGCUGAAAAGCAAGCAGGCUCAGGUGAAGAACAUGGACAGCGGAUACAAGAAAGACCAGGACGCCUUCGAGGCCGUGCAGAAAUGCAGAGACGAGCUGCAGGCCGAACUCAAGAAACUCGACUACGAAGACGGCCGAGAAGAGCGUUCGAUCGAACAGAAAAGGCAGCUGACCCGUGAAGUCAACCACCUCCGUGAAAAACACGAGUCCUUCAUGGGGCAGUUCCCUAACCUGCGCUUCGAAUACGCAGAUCCCGAGAAAAACUGGGACCGCAGUCAAGUCAAGGGUCUGGUGGCGAACCUCUUCACCGUGACCGACGUGUGUAACGCUACAGCUCUGGAAGUGGUGGCAGGCGGUCGACUCUAUAACGUAGUGGUGGACACCGAGGUAACCGGCAAGAAACUUCUGGAAAAGGGUGAACUGAAACGCAGAUACACCAUCAUCCCCCUGAACAAGAUCUCCGCGCGAACCCUCGACGCCGGAGUAGUCCGCACCGCAAAAAACAUCGUGGGAAAGGAGAACGUUCACACAGCUCUGUCGCUGGUGGGUUACGAGUCGGAGUUGCGCAAGGCCAUGGAGUAUGUCUUCGGAACCACGCUGGUGUGCGAUACUCUGGACAACGCCAAGAAAGUCGCUUUCGAUAAAGGCGUCAGCACCAAAACGGUCACGCUCGGCGGAGACGUGUUCGACCCGCAGGGAACACUGACCGGAGGUGCUCGGGCCCAGACAGCCUCUGUGCUUUCUAAGCUGGCGGAGGUGAAAGACGUCCAAGACAAGUUAAGGGCCAAAGAGGCCGAGCUCGCUAGCGUGGAAAAGGAACUCGGCAGCCUGAAGGGAACCGCCGAAAAGUAUCGUCGUCUGAAGCAGCAGCUGGACCUGAAAACUGAAGAAGCGCAGAUACUGGAAACCAAACUCCAACAAAGCUCUUUCCACAAACAGCAGGAAGAGCUCGAGAACCUCCGCAAGACCAUUGAGGAAAGCCAGGAGACGCUGAAGAAGACGAAGGAGGUGCAGAAGAAGGCGGAGGAAAAGUACAAAGUCUUGGAGAACAAGAUGAAGAAUGCCGAGGCGGAGCGGGAGAAAGAGCUGAAAGCCGCGCAGCAGAAACUCAACCAGGCAAAAAGCAGAGCAGACGCCUUCAAUAAGAGACUCAAGGAGAGACAACAGGAAGCUGAUGCUGUGGCUUUGGAGCUUGAGGAGCUGAAGCGGGAGCAGGCUGGCUAUGAACAGCAGAUUCAGGCUGUGGAUGACGCAAUGAAAGCCUUACAGGAGCAGAUCAGCGCAAUGACCACUGAGGUUGCAGCCAAUAAGGACGCUGUGCGGCAAGCGCAGGAGCAGCUGACCCAGCAGAAAGAGGUGAUCCUGGCCCAGGAGCGAGAGAUCAAGGGGAAGAGUGAAGAAGCCAACCGGUUAAGAGAACACAACAACGACGCUCAGCUCAAAAUCAAAGAGCUGGAACACAACAUCAACAAGCACAAGAAGGACAGUGCAGAUGCUGCUUCCAGGGUGACCCGCAUGCUGGCUGAGAACGACUGGAUCUCGUCCGAGCGACACCUCUUCGGUCAGCCCAACUCUGCAUACGACUUCAAAGAGAACAGCCCUAAAGAAGCUGGCCAGAGACUAAAGAGACUCGAGGAGACCAAAGACAAGCUGGAGAGAAACAUCAACCGCAGAGCCAUGAACAUGCUCAGCGAGGCUGAGGAACGGUAUAACGACCUGAGAAAGAAGAAGAGGAUCGUCGAGAACGAUAAAGCAAAGAUCCUGAAGACGAUCAAAGAGUUGGACCAGAAAAAGAACGAGGCGCUCAACGUGGCGUGGCAAAAGGUGAAUAAGGAUUUCGGAUCCAUAUUCUCCACGCUGUUGCCCGGCGCAGACGCUCGUCUGGCUCCGCCCGAGGGCUGCGGUGUCCUCGAUGGCCUCGAGUUUAAGGUCGCCCUUGGAAACACGUGGAAGGAUAACUUGACAGAACUGAGUGGAGGCCAAAGGUCGCUGGUGGCCCUUUCUUUGAUUCUGGCCAUGCUGCUGUUUAAACCCGCUCCAAUCUACAUCCUGGACGAAGUGGACGCUGCUCUCGACCUCUCGCACACGCAGAACAUCGGGCAGAUGCUGCGCACACACUUCACGCACUCCCAGUUUGUGGUCGUGUCACUGAAAGACGGCAUGUUCACCAACGCCAACGUUCUGUUUAAGACCAAGUUUGUGGAAGGGAUCUCUAGAGUGACGCGCACCUCUCAGACACACGAGGGGAAAGUUCUGGGCCAGCGCGCACAUGACAAAGCCAAGACCAAGGAUAAACAUCAGCGCGAGAUUCUCGCCAGCUAAACGCGUGCAGAUCAUCUUGAUCAAUUUCGCUUCUUUAUUCUAAACGCACAUGUAUUCGUAUGGGUUUGUGUUUUUUUUUUUUUUUUUUAAACAAUUCGUAUACUCGCUCUUAGAUUAUCACUUUCGAGUUUUGACUUGAUGAGAAUGUCGUGUGGAUCUGAUUUUUAAACUUCAUUCAUUUGCCCAGUAAAAGCAUGGUAGGCAACAUCAUGUACUUCGCUAAUACUGGGAACAAGUGUGUCGUACGGGAUUGAUCUGACUUUUUUUAUUUUUAUUAUUUUGUACAGUAAUGUUUAUAUUUUCUAUCCUGCUUUCUACUUAAUCUAUACUGCCUUCAUACAAAAUAUUCUUUCUGUACCAACCACUUCCUACUCCAUGCUGUCUACUUCCACGAGACGCAUUUCAUUCCUUACCUUACUUCUCGUUCGGUUGAGCUAUUUUCAAUAAACGCGUGCAAUUGAAUUAAAAA